ACCCAGCAGGCAACUAUGUGUGUGAGGCAGGGCAGUUUUAUUCCCCUCCACUCCCUUCCCGGGAACUGGACUGUCAUCAUGAGGUUAAAGCUUAAGGCUCAGCCCAGCCGCUCGCCGUGAUAAAUAGAGGAGGAGCGAGAGGAGAUGAGGGUUUCUGGGACAAAGUGCCCCCAGAGCGGUCGGAGGACCAGGCUGAGGAGGAAGUGAUCGGGGACCAGAGGCUCGGGGCGGACCUGCGGUCGCCUGCGUGCACCCCCACUUGGACAUGGGCUCCGGGACCCGCCCCUCGCUGCCACUUCUUCCAGUGCUGCUGCUGGUUCUGCUGCUGCAGGUCAACAGCGUCAACAGCUUCCGACAAGAAAAUGAUGAUCUCGCUCAGCAAACAAAGGGAGAGAGCCACCGGCCCCUACGGCGAUCCAAGAGGAGAUGGGUUAUUACCACCCUGGAACUGGAGGAGGAAGAUCCAGGCCCCUUUCCCAAACUUGUUGGUGAGCUGUUCAAUGAUAUGUCUCAGAACACAUCAUUAAUGUAUUUGGUCCGUGGACCCGGUGUGGAUGAGUAUCCAGAGAUUGGGCUAUUUUCUAUAGAAGAUCACAAGAACGGACAAGUGUAUGUUCACCGCCCUGUGGAUCGAGAGACGACGCCAUCUUUCACGGUUUACUUUGAUGUUCUGGAUCGCCUAUCAGGAAGAGUCAUGGACAGUUCCCUGAUUUUCAACAUUAGGAUCAGUGAUGUGAACGAUCACGCACCCCAGUUCCCUCAGAAGGAAUUUAACAUCAGCGUGAAGGAGAACCACGCUGCAGGUCAACCUGUUUUCCGGAUGCUAACAGUUGAUUUGGAUCAAGAAAAUACUCCAAAUUCUGAAGUCCUUUAUUUCCUUAUUUCUCAAACGCCAAUACUGAAAGAAAGUGGCUUCCAUAUCAACCGUAUCAGUGGAGAAAUACAACUCUCAGGAUGCUUAGAUUAUGAGACGGCUCCUCGGUUUACACUGCUAGUCAGUGCGAGGGAUUUUGGAGAACCACCACUGUCAUCCACGGCCACGGUUCACAUCAACGUGGAAGAAGGCAACAACCACAUGCCCACGUUUACCCAGGAGAACUAUAAGAUUCAGAUUUCUGAAGGCCGCGCCAGCUGGGGCGUGUUGCGUCUCCCGGUCCACGAUGCUGACUUACCAUUUACCUCAGCUUGGAGGGUAAAGUUUAACAUAUCGCAAGGCGACGAAGAAGGACGUUUUGACAUUCUGACUGAGCCCGAGACCAACGAAGGGAUUUUAAAUGUUAUCAAGCCCUUGGAUUAUGAAACUCACCCCGUGUGGCGCCUUGUCAUCACGGUGGAGAACGAGGAGACCCUCUUCUCCUGUGAGGGGGGCCGGCUCCGGGAGCCCAGGAAGGCAGCGGCGAGCGCCACCGUGAGUGUGCAGGUGACCGACGUCAACGACCCCCCGGCCUUUCACCCCAGGAGCUUUGUCGUCAGUGAAGUCGAUGGCGCCGGGCCUGGAAUUCAAUUGGGAACAUUUAACGCUACAGAUCCGGACAGAGCCGCUGGCCGGAUAAGGUAUAAACUGGUUCGUGACCCGGCAAGUUGGGUCACAGUAGAUGAACUCUCAGGAACAGUCACCACCAGGAAGCAAAUUGACCGAGAAUCUCCUUACGUAAAUGAUAGCUUUUACAUAAUCAUUGCUCACGCUAUUGACGAUGGCCUCCCGCCGCAGACCGGGACGGGGACCCUGAUGCUCUUCCUGUCCGACAUCAAUGACAACGCCCCCGCUCUCCAUCCGCACUCUGGAUACAUGGAGGUCUGUGAGUCUGCGGCGAACGAGACGCUCCUCCUGGAGGCGGAGGAUGGCGAUCUGGAGCCCUUCGCAGACCCGUUCACGUUUGAAUUGGACAAGUUGUGGGGAAAUGCAGAAGACGCAUGGAAACUGGGGGAAAAUCGGGGUCGGUCAGUUGAACUUUGGAUGUUGAGAAGCCUCCCGCCUGGGAAUUACUCAGUGCCACUUUUCAUCAGAGACAAACAGGGACUUUCCCGGAAGCAGACCGUCCACGUGAGGGUCUGUUCCUGCCCUGAUGGAGUCACAUGUGCGGAGCCGUCGGUCACAGGAGCUGGGCUCCUCGUGGGGGCCCUGGUCCCUCCCUUUGCAGCCUUCGUGGCUCUAGCAGUGGCUCUGCUGUUCCUGCUGCGGUGCUAUUGUGGCUCCGAGGCCACGGGGCACGGACGGUCUGUCCCACGUGACCAAGGCCAGCAGACGCUGAUCAUGUAUAACGAUGAGAGCAAAGCCAUCUCGACCCAGGGAAGGCCAGAUGUCAGGGAUCAGAUGUCAGUCCGGUUGCUAAACACCGCGGGGGCGGAGGCCGAGCUCGGUGCUCAGGAUGCACACGACAUGCUCGCACCUGCGUCAAGAACAGCAGAGCAGGAAUACUUUGUCUUGGGGACUUCAGUGCAUUACAGAAGCUCACUGCCUGUUGCGGAUUGUGACAUGCCUUUUGAGCCAAGAGGCACGAGGAACAAAUAUUCUGCUCCCGUGUACCGGGAUGCCGUGGUGCCCAGACGAUGCCCGGAAGCGAGCGCGGGGACGGUGGCGGAGACCCUGAGCCAGAAGCUCUGUGGCGUUGACGCCCUAGCAGGUGACACUGGUCACCGGCCUCACAUCUACGCGGAGGAGGGAGAGUGUGAAGGAGCGGAAAGCCUCAGUUCUCUUGCCUGCUCGGAACCGGACUCGGGCUUCAAAGGCUGCUCCGCUUGAAGAAAUGUAUGCUGAGUCAGGUGGUCCUGCCUAAAACAGCCCAUUUUGGACAACUGGGAUAAUUCGUGGAGGGUAUUCAAGGGAGUUCGCCUGCUAUGCUAGUCAAGGGACUUUUCUUCUCCCCAACCCUCCUCCUAGUCCUAAACUAAGGGUAAACUGUGAGGCUGGAUUCUGAUAUUUUCAGACCAGGCAUCUUGAGCCAAAGCAAAACAA